UGACUGAGGCCCUGACGGACUGUCCCUGUCUGUUAUGGCUCCUCCUGGUUCAGUGGAAGACGUAACGCCAGUGCAGGGGAACGGCAGCGACAGACACGGCGGUACGUUUCCCUUUAGCCGCGGUGAACGAUGGCAGAUCGUGUUAUGCUGAAGAAAAAGACAUAAACGGCGUGCUCGACGUCGCCUCCUCUUCUGCUGUGAAGGCUUCGACAUUUUCUCAAGAUUACCAACACCCCAAAUGAACUCCGUCAGAGCAAGUAACGUUAGCAGAAGACCCAGGCGAGUGUCGAGGCCGCGCCCGGUGCAGCCGGAGAGGAAUCACCAGGAAAGAGAUGAGGACAUCCCUGCAGAUAUGGUUGCAGAAGAAUCUGGUCCUGGAGCUCAGAAUAGUCCCUACCAACUUAGAAGAAAGUCUCUACCCAAGAGAACAGUGUGUCCAACAAAGACAAACAUGGAGGGUGCUUCCACUUCAACGACAGAGAACUUUGGACACCGACCUAAGCGACCGAGAGUUUCAGGAAAGUGUCCUGAUUUGCCAGCAGCUCCAGCAGAACAGUAUUUGCAGGAGAAGCUUCCAGCUGAAGUGGUGCUGAAGAUUUUCUCCUAUCUGCUGGAGCAGGACUUGUGCCGUGCAGCUUGUGUGUGCAAGCGUUUUAGUGAACUGGCUAAUGACCCCAUCCUCUGGAAGAGACUGUACAUGGAAGUGUUUGAGUACACCCGGCCCAUGAUGCACCCUGAGACUGGAAAGUUUUACCAGAUAAAUCCAGAAGAAUAUGAGCAGCCAAACCCGUGGAAGGAGAGUUUUCAACAGCUGUAUAAAGGUGCCCAUGUGAAGCCAGGCUUUGCAGAGCACUUCUACAGCAAUCCUGCCAGAUACAAAGGAAGAGAUAACAUGUUUUACUAUGACACCAUUGAGGAUGCUCUUGGAGGUGGUCAGGAGCCGCACUUUGAUGGCUUGAUAUUUGUACACUCCGGUAUCUACACGGAUGAAUGGAUCUACAUCGAAUCACCCAUCACAAUGAUCGGAGCUGCACCUGGAAAAGUUGCAGAGAAAGUUAUAAUCGAAAACACCAGAGAUUCUACUUUUGUGUUCAUGGAAGGCUCGGAAGAUGCCUAUGUUGGAUUCAUGACCAUCAGGUUCAACCCUGAUGAUAAAUCUGCUCAGCACCACAAUGCACACCACUGCUUGGAGAUCACGGUCAACUGUAGCCCCAUCAUUGACCACUGCAUCAUACGCAGCACAUGCACAGUGGGGUCAGCUGUCUGUGUCAGCGGACAGGGUGCUUGUCCCACAAUCAAGCACUGCAACAUCAGUGACUGUGAAAACGUUGGUCUUUACAUCACUGACCAUGCACAGGGAAUUUAUGAGGACAAUGAAAUCUCAAACAAUGCUCUGGCUGGUAUCUGGGUAAAGAACCAUGGCAACCCAAUUAUCAGACGAAAUCACAUCCACCACGGCAGAGACGUAGGGGUGUUCACGUUUGAUCACGGCAUGGGUUACUUCGAGAGCUGCAACAUCCAUAGGAACAGAAUAGCUGGCUUCGAAGUGAAAGCGUACGCCAAUCCCACAGUGGUUCAUUGUGAGAUCCAUCAUGGUCAGACUGGGGGCAUCUAUGUGCACGAAAAGGGCCGCGGCCAGUUCAUUGAUAACAAGAUUUAUGCAAAUAAUUUUGCAGGGGUGUGGAUCACCUCAAAUAGUGAUCCUACAAUAAGGGGCAAUGCCAUUUAUAAUGGCAACCAAGGUGGCGUUUAUAUUUUUGGUGAUGGUCGAGGCCUCAUCGAAGGAAACGACAUCUACGGCAACGCCCUGGCUGGAAUCCAGAUCAGGACAAACAGCUGCCCAAUUGUCAGGCACAACAAGAUCCACGAUGGCCAACAUGGCGGCAUAUAUGUGCAUGAAAAAGGUCAAGGAGUCAUCGAGGAGAACGAGGUGUACAGCAACACACUAGCAGGAGUGUGGGUGACGACGGGGAGUACGCCGGUACUGAGGAGGAACAGGAUACACAGCGGGAAACAGGUGGGGGUCUACUUUUAUGAUAACGGCCAUGGUGUGCUGGAGGACAAUGAUAUCUAUAAUCAUAUGUAUUCUGGAGUUCAAAUAAGGACUGGCAGCAAUCCCAAGAUCAGGCGGAACAAGAUCUGGGGGGGUCAGAACGGGGGUAUUUUGGUUUACAACUCAGGCUUAGGAUUCAUUGAGGACAACGAGAUAUUUGAUAAUGCCAUGGCCGGCGUGUGGAUCAAAACAGACAGUAACCCCACCCUGAGGAGGAACAAGAUCCACGAUGGGAGAGAUGGUGGGAUCUGUAUAUUCAACGGAGGAAGAGGUUUGCUAGAAGAGAAUGACAUCUUCAGAAAUGCUCAAGCAGGUGUUCUCAUCAGCACCAACAGUCACCCUGUACUGAGGAAGAACCGGAUAUUCGAUGGCUUCGCUGCAGGUAUUGAGAUCACCAACCAUGCUACAGCGACUCUAGAAGGCAAUCAAAUCUUCAACAAUCGAUUUGGGGGAUUGUUUCUCGCAUCGGGUGUCAAUGUUACAAUGAAAGAUAAUAAAAUACUGAACAAUCAAGAUGCCAUCGAGAAGGCUGUGAGCAGAGGUCAGUGCCUGUACAAGAUUUCAAGUUACACCAGCUACCCCAUGCACGACUUCUACAGGUGUCAUACUUGUAACACAACAGACCGCAAUGCCAUUUGUGUGAACUGCAUCAAGAAGUGUCACCAAGGACACGAUGUGGAGUUCAUCAGACAUGACAGGUUCUUCUGUGACUGUGGCGCAGGGACGCUGUCCAACCCAUGCACGUUAGCUGGAGAGCCGACGCACGACACGGACACACUGUACGACUCUGCUCCUCCUAUAGAGUCCAACACACUGCAGCACAACUGAGCUCCAGACCAGACGUCCCAGUGCUUUAGCACCAGUGAACACUUCAAAAGUUGUGCAGCAAAGGAGAACAUCCAAAUUCAAAUACUAAUACUUUGGCAGAGCUUGUACUCAAACUAAAACAAAAAAAAAAACACGAGAUAUAGAUAUGCUAAAAGGAGACAUAAAAAAAA